AUGUCGAACAAGGAGGAACAACCCCCACCGCGCCGAAAACCACCCGAUAGGCGCCUGGGCGUGCCCGAUAGGCCUCUCAUGGAGCGUGAUCUCUUUGCUCCAGAGACGUCACGAGUAUUGCCCUCACUUGGCCAAAUCCCGAGGAGAAAAGGGAGCUCACCGGCCCAUGGCGCCGCGCUCGGCGCUAAUGAAGCUCAGGAGCGUAGCCUCGCGGAGACGUACACCACCCGAAAUCGACGCAGACCAACUGCAAGAAGAGAAAAGGCUGAGGGCUGA